GGAAAGUUUUAUUAGAGAAACAACGGAAACGAUCCCAAAUGCAUGCAUGUGCGUAACCUUGGUAAAACCCGGAUGCAAACAUCAACAACCGAAUCGGGUAGUGAAGGGAUUAGCAUAACAACAUUUUACCCGUCGCCACAGUAUUGAUGGCGACUAAAGGGACAAGACAUCGCCAAGGGUGGGGAAGUUCACCUUCACCUUCACCUCCGAUUCAUAAAGUUAGACAUCGCCCUCCUCAAAAAAGGUCAGUCUUUACUGCGUCCGACAUUGAGACAGACGACUCGGAAGGCACUCAUCAUGAUCGUCACUUGAGAAAGGCCAAACCUCACACGGCAAUAGAAAUAGACAAGGACUUGGACCUUACGCCGGAUCGUCCUUCAUCAAGCAGGAUGAUUCUAGGACCGCCACAACGAAGGUCAAAAUUUCGAGGACAAAGUGAUGACGAGGAAAGCAUCUACAGUCUGCGGGAAGAUAAGGACAAUUUUCAAACUGCGACAACAGACACUGAAGGAAAUCGAGAGAUAUUAAGCAUUAAUAAAACCACGACUGCCUUGUUAUUAGCGGAGGAAGCGUCGCAGAUUUUAGGAAGCCCCAUAAUUAAUGACGGGUCCACUAGGAAUUACUGGACCAGUGUGACCUUCAUUUCUCCAGUUCACUGGACUAACGAUGAAUGGGAAAGAAUGAGGGCAUUGACAUUCUACCCGUCCGCCGGUCCAGUACCUGAUUCUAACAAAAUUGAGGAUGACAUUGAGAAACGAAUCCCGGACGAUGAAGGCCUUUACAUGGGAGAUCCGGUGAAAUUAGGAAAUGGAAAUUGGAAUCGUCUUUAUUGGCGAUUGCUCAAACAAAAUGCAAACUACUGGUUUGGAUCGGAUGGGAAAUUAUUUUGUUACGCGGAUCCAUACAGACCAGAACCUGUGCAGUUGUUUCGAGAAGAUCAGUUCAGCAUGGAGGACAUUCAACAAUCAACUCGUUUCGUUCCGGUCAAACUUGACCCCUUCUUACAAAUCGGGAAUUCCGUUCAACCUUACGUGUUAGAAGUAGAUUUAGGAUACGUCAACUUUAUGCAUCAUCCCUUCUUCAGCAAAGAGCACGUAUUGGCUUCAACAUUGCAGAGGGCAUUUGAAACGUACUCCCGAAGACACGAAGAAAAGGUCACUGAUCGAGCCGUGAAUAAGCUAAAGGCCCUCCGAGAGGCCUUAGCUCACAUAAAAGCCUCCACAGAACACAUUUCUCAAGAACUGUCUAAUGAGACGAGUUCAAACAUUCGAGAAAAAUUGGUGGAAAUGCUGACCCAACUCAAAGAACGGAGAGAAUCCUACAGAGCUGAAAUGCGAAAGGUGUCAUUGGCUCGAGACCAAGGUCAUUGGGAUGACAAAGCGUCGAUAUCAAUGGUUUUGGAAGCAUGGAAAGAGUUGAAAAGCAUUCGUGAACAUCAAGGUUUUAUAAAUACUAUGCUCAAACUCAACAUUAUCGAGCUACCAAGUGAUCCCAACGAAGAGUUGGAAAACUGGGUGUAUGACAUUGAGCAAGACUUGCAAGACAUUGAGGAAGAAAGUGAAGAAAUAUUUGACAAACAAAUGACAAAAUAUCGAGCCAAAUUAAAACGUUGGACGAUGAAGACCCAAAAAAACAAAGGAAAUAAUAAUGAUGGAAAUGGGACUGACGAAUCGGACUCUUCGUCACUUUCCCGGCGGCCAAAACCUCCACAAAGGCCGUCCAUUGAAGAAUGCAAAAAAGUUAUUGAAAAACGGUACAAAGAGAUUCGGAGGAGGCCAGGAGAACCACACAUUGUUCUAGAGUUGGUCAACACUGUGUCCAUUACACCAAUCGGUCAACUUCCUGAAGAAGCUGCAAAGGAAAAACAGCGGAGGAAAGUUCUUAAAAGAUGUAAAGUGGAAUUAAUAUUGUCGUUGAAUGGGAAUGAGAUAUUUAUCUCCAAACCCCGAGAAAUAAACGCCGAUUUUUCAGUUUUCUUGGGAUUCAAAGUACCAAUUUCAUUUAAUGAGACUCCAGAGUUGUUGGAAAUGGAGUUGGUGGAUUCUGAAACUCGAAUAAGAACUCUGAAAAUCCCAAUACCGUUGCCGGACUGGAAGACCACAAUUGAAAGAUGUAAAAUGAAGAAAAUCAUGUUUUUUGCUAAUGACGUCAUCAAGGUUGCUAAUUCUGGGGUGGGAAGUGGAGUAGACUUUGAUAUCAACGGAAAAGACCACGAAGCCAUUCAAACCAAAGGAAAUAUCUCAGUCCGAUGUGGCUGGGCAGUCAACGCGGAAGGGAGUAUCCAACAUCCUUUGGCGAAGAGGGAAAGUUUUGCAGAUAAUGGCGAACCUGGUGCUGAUGAGUUUACAAGAAAACUGUCCACCAACUCAUUGUCAGAUCCAAAUGAUCCUAAAAAUGCUUCACGACCUCAAAAACUUUCAGGCUCUGGAUUUGUCCCACAACUUUCUUCCAUCUCUGAGACACUGCCAGACGCAGUGGAUGAUUGCAAUAUGGGGGAUGACAUAAAUGAAAAUAACAGGUUUGGGUUGGACACGCUGAUGACAGACUUUGACUUUUGUGCCGAGCAUGCAAUCGAAAAGUCGUCGAGGUACAAGCUGCUUCAACUCAGGGAUCAAGGUGUUCCCGAGUUUAAGAAUAUGAAAAUGAUAUCUCCCUUCGAACGUGACAUUGCAAUUGACAUUUUCUCGGCAUACGAACGAAGAUUGAAGGAAGAUCUCCGCAAAAGGAGAGGUGACAAGACUUUGGUUCACUUUGGUAGGAGACGGCAAAUUGAGGAUGAUUUUGUGUACGAAUCCAACCGUUUGGAAAGAAUUCGUGAAAUUCGCUUAAGUGUGUUGCAACUAUUUGAGAAAUCUUUGAAACAAAUCACAUUCGAGGAUUUGGUGAUUGAAGAGCAGAUUCCUGAUAUCGGCACUCUUGGACUGAAUUUGAUGUCAUACUUUCAGCCGAGAAGACCUCUGCGACCCCAACGCAAAGAGCGGAAACGGAUCCAAGCGUCAAAUCUUGUGGACACCAAAAUCGAUGUAAUCUUCAAUAUCGUGCGAGCUUUCAAUCUGCCACUAAGAAAAGAUUCGGAUGUUGGAUUAAUUACCACGGAGUCCUUAACAGGGAUUCAGUUGCAGAAAAAUAAACGUUCCGAGAGAGGAAAUUACUCCACCGUGAGACCUUUUGUAGAAGUGUGGUUUCAAAGGAAGAAAGUCCGCACCACAACGGCCUUGGGUUCCAACCCAACUUGGAAUCAAGAACUGCAGCUCAACUUGACUGUGCCAAACGACGACUAUUCUCAGACGAAUUUGAGUAAAAUGGAUGACUUAAUGUUUCUCCUGAUAUAUGACGAGGUCCCAGUUGACCUCUUGGAAGAUGAUCGACGCAGAGAAACAGAUAUUCACCAGCGAAUAGAAAGACGAUGGCUUGGCUCAAUUACCAUCCCAUUUUCAACCCUGUACACGAAUGGCAGAAUUGAGGGGACAUUUAAAAUUAAAAUGCCUCCAGUUCUUUUGGGGUAUGAGCCACAGGGAAUGGCGACACAUUUUGGAGGUUUGACAAUGUCAUCCAAGGCCGGGAUUAGUGGACCAUCCUCGACUAGUCUGACAAACAAAGGAACAGGGUCCCUGCAGAGCCAGACGAAUGCAUUUCUCACAAUUUUUAUCACUCUUCAACCCGCAGUUCAACCGUCGAGCAGUCUCAGGGAGGACAACGCUACAGGUGAAACCAGUGAAAUGAUGGCUUUUGUUAAGAAUUGGAAAAAUAUCUUCGAAAGAAGGUUUGUUGAACGGAUGGUUCGACCAUUUGUCAUGACUGCGGAGGGCGACACUAUUAUUUGCACCAGAUACAUGACGCCCAUCCAGCCACCGGAUGGUUUUCUCCAUGAAGAAGCCGAUGUAGUUCAGAAGAUGGAAAUGUUGGCCCAUUAUGUCUCUUUAUUCCCGUUUGUUCGCGACUCCACUCUUGGGAUCACAGACUACAGUUUAUGGUUUCCUUCAGAUGUAUUUGUUGGUACGCCUGGCGGUGGAGUGGAUGAUCACGCCGUGCUGUUGGCAUGCUACUUUCAUUUCAUGAACAUUCCGUGCUGGAUUGUUCAAGGUAAUGCAAUUCCUGAUGGACCAACGACAUUUAUAGUUACUUCCUUUAAGAAUGUUGGAGAGGACAAAGGAAUUCCAAAGAGCAUGAAAAACACCGAAUUGAUUUGGAACCCUUGCACUGGAGAACACUUCGACGCAAAUGAUAACUUUUGCCCACUACAGAAAGUUUGGAGUGUAAUUGGAAAGCAAAAUAUCUGGGCAAAUGUGUCAGAGUUUGAGAGGCCACACCAAAUAGAGUGGAAUAUUGGAAAGUCCAAAAUGUGGCUGCCCCUUUUUACUAAACCAAUGGCUGACGAUAAGAUGCCAUGUGUGCAAACUGGAAUUAAAAGAUAUAAACAGGCCGAUCAAAACCAGGCAAAUAGUUUGGCUCAACGAAUUGAGAGAAACUUGAAGGACAACUUUAUGAAAUGGAGAACCACUUCCAAAACGAACUGGAAUCGUUACUGCAGCGCGACUCUAAGACGUUUGUUGCCAAAAUUGGAGGAGACCAAGUCGAGUGGGACUUCCACGACCAGGCCCCACAGCGGUCCAGGAAGUGGCAGCAUCGAGUCCAACAUUUUAAUGAGCACCCACUCCGGCUCUGUGACCAAUCUCAACGAGGAACACUUGUUGGAAUUGAGAGAAGUGAUGUCGUCCUUUCAAAUGAGCGGAUUUCCUUUGCAGCAACCCUACGUGAAUAUGCAUUCGAUUAUGGAGACUGUGUUUGCAACGGGGGUUCACACAAUUGACACGCCCGACGUGGAAUUCGCUUUGGCUGCCUAUGCUCACGCAUAUCCUGCAAGUGUUUAUUCCGUUUGGGUCUAUGUCGCGGCACUCCACCGAAGAAAAUAACUAAAUAAGUGGAUGGAUAACUUAAAUUAUUAUUAAUUCUCAUGAUUUGUUUUAGCAGUUGUAAAAUCUUUUAAAAUUUUCUAUAUUUGGACUGUUCCGUAAAAUUAUACUCGACAAAAGACAAUGUUUCACAUGCGACGCAUAUUGAGGUGUUUAUGACAAAUAUAGCAAUUUCAUGGUUUCCCAAUGACUUUAAGCCAUAUCACCAGAAUGAGUUACUGGAUUAGUCGUUACACUAGUCACUGCUAAAAAUUUUCAGAAAUAAUGGGUUUACAAAUUUUGACGAUGAUAGUAGAAUUGUAAUUUAUUUUGUAAAAUUGCGUAUAUAUAAUGAUUAUAUAUGUAUAAAUUGUUCAAGUCACUCUUAAUAAGGGCCAAUAUUAAGCUAUUUAUCUUACAAUUAGUUAGCAUAGGAAAAGCUUGGAAAAUGAAAUUUAUUAUGCAUUGUAUUAACGAAUAGAAAUUCAACAGGAAACAAGAAUUAGACCAUAUAGUUUAAUUUGUAGAUGGAUUACGACUUUGGUACAAUUAAAAAUGAUACUGCUACUCUGAA